AUGCAGCAAAUUUAUAAAAAAAAAAAUUCUUUAAGCAAUAAAGAUAAGCUUACAAUUAUUAAUUUAAAAAAUUCUGGUGAAAAGCGGUCAAGAUUGGCAGAACAAUUUAAUGUUUCACAAGGACAUUUCAAAAGUCAGACGACAUUGGGACGAAAGUUAAAAAAAGUCCAAUGUAUCUUAAAACAAAAAGAUUUAAACCUCCGAAACAUCAAAGGUAGAAUAAAACUUUAA